GCUCAGAUCUUAUUAAACACCAUCGUGUUCAUACUGGAGAGAAACCUCAUGAAUGUAGUGAAUGUGGGAAAGUGUUUAGCCAGAGGUCACACUUUGUUACACACCAGAAAAUCCAUACUGGAGAGAAGCCCUAUCAGUGCACUGAAUGUGGCAAAGUCUUCAGGCAGCGUUCCCUCCUUAUUCAACAUCAGAGAAUUCAUAGUGGUGAGAAGCCCUAUGAAUGUAAGGAAUGUGAGAAACUCUUCAUGUGGCACACAGCUUUCCUCAAACAUCAGAGACUGCAUGCUGGAGAGAAACUUGAAGAAUGUGAGAAAACCUUCAGCAAGGAUGAGGAGCUUAGGGAAAAGCAGAGAAUUCACCAGGAAGAGAAAGCUUAUUGGUGUAAUCAGUGUGGUAAGAAUUUCCAGGGCAGCUCAGACCUCAUCAGACAUCAGGUAACUCAUACAGGAGAGAAACCAUAUGAAUGUAAAGAAUGUGGGAAAACUUUCAAUCAGAGCUCAGACGUUGUAAGACAUCAUAGAAUUCACAGUGGAGAAAAACCUUAUGUAUGCAACAAAUGUGGGAAAUCUUUUAGGGGCAGCUCAGAUCUUAUUAGACACCAUCGUGUUCAUAUUGGAGAGAAACCCUAUGAAUGCCCUGAAUGUGAGAAGGCCUUCAAUCAGAAUUCACACCUUGUUAGUCACCAAAGAAUUCAUACCAGAGAGAAACCCUUUGAAUGUAGCAACUGUGGUAAGGCCUUCAGUGGGUAGAUAGGUUUUCUUAAACACCAGAAACUUCACAUUGGAAAGGAAUUUGAGGACCCUAAGAAUCUACAAACAGGACCUAUUCUAAUAGGUAGCAGCAACCUAAUGAUGUAGUAAAACUAGGAAAAGCCUGAUGGAGACUACAUCUUAUUGCAUUACAAAUGAGUUUUAUUGUUAGAAAAUUCAUGUGAAGGUGGGAAAGUAGAGAAAAGUCCUACUGGAUGAAAAACAUGUAAGUAGAAUCAAGUGGAAAAGCUAAAAGCUCUUGGACAUAGUCGCCUUUUUUUUCUGUCUCAGAGUUGACACUAGAAUAUGGUCCCAAGGAUGUAACUUUUUAAAUUAUUUAUUUAUUUGUUUAAAUGCAAAGAGGCAAGGUCUCACUCUGUUGCCCAGGCUGGUCUCAAACUGGGGGCUCAAGCAGUCCUUCCUCCUCAGCCUCCCAAAGUGUUGAGAUUAUAGGCAUGAGCCACUGCACCACCCCAAGGGUAUAAUUACUUGAGAAUGUUUUAGGGGAUGUCUAUCAUUGUUAAAAGCAUUGUAAAUCACUUUGGCAACAACCACAAAACUAAAUUUUUCAUGGAAAGAGCCAUUUCAAUCGUGUCUUCCUAGUCCAGUGACAAGUUUAAAUUUGGGGAAAAAAAAAAACCCUGUGUUUUGGUCAAAGCAUUGGUUUAUUCAGAGGAAAAAA